AUGCCUUACUACUUACCUAUUCUACGGAAUCCGCUUUUAAAUGCUGUCUUCAACUGCCCAACUCCACAAAACUCACCGUUAAAAAAGGUUUUCUCUCAAAUAGGGAAACGCAAGUUUGUAUUGGUAGCGCCGGCGGCUGAAAUUCUUAACGAGUAUGAGGAUCUUGAAAGCGGACUGCUAGUGCAAGAUUUGUGCUAUUCCGCCGACUUCGUCGCUGACCAUAUACUGAUGUUGGACUUCAGAGAGGAAAUGUCUUCCGAGGAAUAUAGGACGCUUAGUGGGAAAACUGUAGCAGUUCGCAAUCAGCAGAGUUUUAUAACUACUGGAGAUGGAUUUGAUACACGCAGAAGGUGUCGAAUCCUUGAAACAGAGCUUCUCACAAACUUCAACGAGUAUCUUCAAGCCUCGGCCACAUAUCCCGUUUUACAUGUGGAUUUUCCUUUUACCGGCCGUUUGGCAAGACGAGACGAGUGGCAACUAUUACGGGUAGUGGGGCCUCUUGCAGAAGAUAGACAGGGAAACGCUCUCGAGAGCGAUGGUGGUAUGACCACAUCCGGGCAUGAUGCCUCCUUGGAACAAAUGCUUCGCAUUCAUCCUACGCACGCAGCGAGACUAAGCGGCAUCUUCAAAGCCCAGAGAGAGGUAUUGGCAAAAUCAAGAUACACCGCAACUGCCCUAGCUUCGCAUUUUACAGAAACAUGCGAAAAAGUGAUAGACAUCAUCGGUCAAGAUGAAGCUUUUCAGAAAUUACCGAAUCUUCAGUCGCAUGUCCAUGAGUACGCUGAGCUGACUUUAUAUGAUUUUUUUUGGGCUCAGCUAACUAAUUCUAUGAAAGGCCAGGAAAUUGAAACUCUGAGCGAUUACAAGGUACUGAGGAACAUCUCAAUAUCGCAAGUCCCUACUUUCCUUUUCCCAAGCAAUCGAUCUAAGUUUGAUCUCCGAUAUGUAACACAGGUUGAGAAAAAUCUGCAAGAAGCUGUUGAAUGCUUCAAGAAGUUGUCUUUAACCAACAGCCAUUCUGCGAAAGCUAAAGUUAUCGUAGAGUCUCUUCAAACCAUAUCCAGAAGCAUUUCGGUUAAUGGAAAGGUAAUUCCGAUUGACGCAGAUACAUUAGUUAGUCUUCUGGUUGUUACGGUAUGUCGGGCUGAAGUUCGGGACCUGAAGAGUCAUUUAUUCUACUUGCAGGAAUUCGCCAAGAACUCAUCACAGGUCACAUUUGGUAUUUUAGCAUAUGGUAUGUCGACUUUAGAGGCUGUGCUAAGCUAUUUUGACAACAGCAAGAAACUGCAUAUGCUUGAGAAGAAUUGUAGUGUGAACCGAGAUUUUUGGACAUGGCUAUCCACUCCCCAACUUGAGUAUGAUAUGAAUAGUUUUCCCGCAUUCGAGAAGCUGCUGAAAAUAAGAACUUCUUCAGGCCACUCUAUUCUAGCGUUCUGUCUGCAAAACAGAAAUCAUGAACUCUUCGAGCAUCUCGCAACAAAUUAUGAAAAGUAUUUCCCCUUGGAGGACUUGCUACGUGAUGAAACAGUCGAAGGGUCAAACUUGUUGAUACAGAUGCUCGACAGCGGUUGUUACAAGCUUGCUGAGACGUUCGUUAGUAUGCUUUGCCACAGCUGUACUCGAGAAGAGCUUGGCAUUUUUCUAAAUCACCCUGAUCGUUAUCAGCGGACAUCGGGGCACUAUAUCAUGCAUGCCCCAAAGCUCAUUUCAAAAAUAGGAAUUUUACUGCAUUGGGAAAAGCAGGACUGUAACGGUCAUACACCACUAUUUGCAGUUAUUCGAGCUUAUGAUCAUCCCGACUAUGAUUUGAUGAUUUCUGAAGCAUACCAAAGCGCAAAAUCCUGGUGCAAAGCUCAAAAUAGACAAUUUAGGAUUUCAAAGCAUGCCGACAAGAAGGGAAAUACGUUGCUUCAUGUCAUAAGAUCAAAUUGUCUUGUUUUACUCAACGACCCUUUUGUUAGAGUAAACGCUACAAAUAAAAAAGGGCUCACGCCUUUAAUGGUUUACGCCAAAUACAAUCGGCUUGAUAAUGUAAAAUUCAUUGUUCAGGAUAAUCGACUAAUCAUUGACAAGUAUCAAGAGGGCACAUAUUUGACGUGUUUCGACUAUUUUAAGAACCCCACUAUUUUAAAGGAACUGGGAAAACUACCGUCAAAAUUCGCCUCUUUUGGGAUCAAUUCAAUUUGUGCUCGAAGCAUAAAGUUCGAAAGCGAUGAUUGGGUCAUGUGGAUGACUUUUAUGAGCAAAAGUAACCAUACAUCAGCCGUUGUGAUUAAGCGACCGUUAACAUUCAUUCAAAAUUAUAUGCUACUUUUUCUAAAAGCGAACCCUACAACAUUUGUGCCUAUCAAAGAUCUCGUGGAAGAGUUGCGUGAACUUUCUAAAAUGAAAAUCAUAUCCAUUAAUAGGAUAGAAACGCAGGACUUUUUGAAGAAGGCUUCCAUUGUUUUAAGCGUUAUUACGCAAGAUAAUGAUUUUGCUGACGCUUUUCACAACUCCAACUUGAAUUUGGAUUUGAAAACAGGUAAUGAUAAAAAGCUUCAUUCUUCAGACUUUAAGGGGACGAUUGAGCCCGAAGAGAUGACCAGCAUUCAAAAAAUUCUCAAAUAUUACCGAGCUGAACUGGUAGCUUUCAAAGAGGGGGCGCUCGUUCUGAAAAAACUGGCGAUAUUUGGAGAUCUCAAAAGCUCGGAUCUCAAUAAGUCUCAUAAACAAUUCAUCAGCAGAGCUAAUACUUAUUUCUGUUCAAAUGACGCUGUUAGUGGAACGAUACCCGAUCUAGACUCAUUACUUCAUAGAACUGCGUUCGGCUCUUUCGUUGGCAAUGUAAGCUUUUUUCAAAACUGUGCUGAAAUUCUAAGUCGAAAUAUCGAGAAGGUCUUGACUGGCGACAUUUCAAAAUGGUGGCAAACCUACGGCGAACUAGCUGCUCUUCGUCAUGAAUAUAACAAGAACUUUCCGGGUUCCAUAAGACCCAACGUUACAGCCAACCCCGGACUCUUCGGUUCGUAUAUCGAAACCAAAAGGUCAAAACUGGAGCAAAGUAUCUCUACGAAAAUCAAACACUGCAGUAGUAUCCUCGUGAAGCUCGGUUUGAGUAUCAGAAGAGAAAACGAACAUUUAGCAGUUGAGGUUAACAAAUUCAUUAAUUUCAAAAAUGAUUUCUGGAAAUCUGUGACAAUAGAAGAACACGCAGAGCUCAACAUAAAAGUGCUGCGGGAUCAGCUUGUAUGCUUAGAAGAGCUACUUCAUGAUUAUAAAGACAAGUUCGAUAUCGAUCGUGUAAAUAAUUUACAUAUUGGGACAUAG